AUGUACGAAGAGUUUCAUUCUGCCGCCGCUGCCCGAGCUCUCCUCGUCGCAUCCUCGCCCGUCUUCCUCUCGCCAUCAUAUGCCGCUGCCUCUGCCUCGAAGCCUUUUAUCAUCCCUCGCUUUUCCCCCUCCGGCGCUUCCCCGCUCGUUUCUUCCUUCACGCGCGCCUUCCCCAGUGUCAUCUGGAUUACAUCCAGGAGAAGGAAGGUUAAUCUUCAAAGAACAUCUGUUUCUAUUAGGUGUGAGCAGGGAACAAAGGAGAACAAUGGAUUGGAUGUAUGGCUGGGUCGCUUUGCUAUGGUUGGAUUUGCAACAGCGAUAACUGUUGAAAUAUCAACAGGGAAAGGGCUUCUAGAGAACUUUAGGUUUAUAAUACCACAACCAACUUUGGCAUUCAUGGUGACAACACUUGUGGAUGCUCUUUCAGUGUUCUUCUUUCAGUCUGCCUCUCAAGAUUAAUUAUUUUACUUUGUGUCAUUAUUUCUUUUAUCCCCUUCAAUGAGACAAGAAUUGUUUGACUGUGUCUGAUAUUUUGUAUUUUACAGUUCCUUAUACUAGAUAAAGCAUACACUCUUCUCUAUUAUCAUUC